AUGCAUAAGAAGAUUGAAAUAACAUUGUGCUCGAUUUCAUAUUUCUAUAAUGUCCAAUAAUAAAAUAAUUAUCUUUUAUAUGAUUUUUCUCUUCCAGACAAGUAAACCUAACUCAUAUUUUUAGUAACAAAUAAUACAAAGCAAUAAAAGUUGAUUAAAAUAAACUGAAAGAUGCAACUAAAUUAGAAUAAGCUCUUGAAAUUACGUAAAUAUUUUUAUCUUAUAUUAGACUUGCACAAAAUAAACUGUUAGAAAAGAAAAGAAGAGCCUAUAAUUUUAUUCUUCCAUUUAAAUAAUCCAAUUACGUCACUACACAUUUGACAUAAUUAGUGACAUAGUCAGAUGGCUUAUCUCUAAGUUUAGAGUCUGAUAAUUUCUUUGAUAUUCUACUAGAAUACAAAAACUUAGAUAAGCUAAUUAUUCAUGAUAAUAUGGUGGAAAAUUUGAAAUUUUUUCAUCUUCUUUUAUGUUAGGAAUUAGUUAGAGAAAUAUAUAUUAUAUGUGAAUCAUAAGAAAAUUUAGUUUCUCGUUUUCCUUUUUGUUAUUAGAAUUUUGAAUUCAGCUUACCAAAUGAGAUUAUUGAGAAUUAACUUUACUUAGGUAAUAGCAAUCAUGCCAAUAAUCUAAAAGCCUUGAAUCUUUUAGGAAUUACUCAUGUUGUUAAUUGUGCCAAAGAAAUUCCUAAUUAUUUCAGUGAAAUCUAAUAAGAAAAUAAAGAUUUCAUUAAAUACUUUUAGGUUCCUGUUUUGGACUUAGAAGAAGAACCAAUAUCUGAUCAUUUUGAUGAAGCUUACAUUUUUAUUAAUGAAGCAUUAAAUAAAUAAGAAAAUAAGGUAAAUAUAUAAAAUUCUAUAGUUUAAAAGGUGUUAGUUCAUUGUGCAUAAGGAAAGAGCAGAUCAGCAACAAUUGUACUAAUGUUUUUAAUGAGAAAUAAAUAAUGGUCUUUUGAUUAAGCUUAUGAAUAUGCAAAGAAAAGAAGAGAAAUCAUUUCUAUAAAUGAUGGCUUUUAAUAUUAAUUAUUGCAGAUUUGA